GGCGCGGCUCCCCUCGCCUCGGCUCCCUUGCCCCCCCCCCCCCCCAUCCCCCCCCCCCCCCUCCCGCCCCAACAUCCCUCCCCGCCUCUUCGGCUGCGGGAGGCUCGGCGGAGCCGGGACGGGCGCUCCCGGGACAACCCCCCCACCCCCGCCCCGACCCCGCUCCCCGCCCCGAGGAUGGCCGCCCCCGAGACCGGCAGCACAGGCGGCGUGAUCAGCUACGUGGGCUCCAGCGGCACCUCGCCCAACCGCACCAGCCCCGUCUCGCUCUGCAGCGACAGCUCCAACGGCAGCUCCCAGUCGGGCUCCCAGCCCUUCCCCACCUACUUUCCCCCGUCGCCCACCGGCUCCCUCCAGGACUCCCGCGCCUACGGCGGGGGCUCGCUGGCCCCCCGUGAGGACGGCUCCCCUUCAUCCUCCUCCUCCUCCUCCUCGUCAUCAUCGUACGGCUCCUCGGUGAACUUCCCCGGGGUGCAGCAGGUCCCCGUGGAUGAGCGGCGCCGCAGCUCGCCCAGCAAAGCCGGCAGCACCGUCACCAAGCUGAACGGGAUGGUGCUGCUCUGCAAGGUCUGCGGGGAUGUUGCCUCCGGCUUCCACUACGGCGUCCACGCCUGCGAGGGCUGCAAGGGCUUCUUCCGCCGCAGCAUCCAGCAGAACAUCCAGUACAAGAAGUGCCUCAAGAACGAGAACUGCUCCAUCGUCCGCAUCAACCGCAACCGCUGCCAGCAGUGCCGCUUCAAGAAGUGCCUGCUGGUCGGCAUGUCCCGUGACGCGGUGCGCUUCGGGCGCAUCCCCAAGCGGGAGAAGCAGCGGAUGCUGGCGGAGAUGCAGAGCGCCAUGAGCGGCAUGGGCAGCGCCCCGCCGGGGAUGCCCGGUCCCGGCGAGGGUCCAGCGCCGGGCGGGGGCCGCGCGCCGCCCCCCUGUCCCCCGCCGUCGCCCCCCCCCGCCUGCUUCUCCCAGUUCCCCCAGCAGCUGACGCCCCCCCGCUCGCCCAGCCCCGGGGGGGCCACCGAGGACGUCAUCGCGCAGGUGGCCAAGGCCCACAAGGAGAUCUUCGUCUACGCGCACGACAAGCUGGGACCCCCCCCGGCCUGCGAGAACGGCCUCCUGCGCUGGGACGCGCCCCCCGCCUGGGCUCCCGGCCCCCCCGAGCCCCGGCUCUGCCCCCCCGCUUACCCCGAGUCCCCGGCGCGGGGCUGCCCCUGGCCCCGUGGCACCAAGGACGUCCUGCCGGUGAGCGCCCGGGGGCUCCCGCUCCCUCUCCCGGGUAUUUUUAGCCGCUAAUCGCACUAAUCGCCUUGUCCGUGCCGUGGCGGCGGGGCCGGGGGAGCCCCACGGCGCCGGGCUGAGCCGUGCCGUCGCCCGCAGGCCUGCCCCAUGAACAGCCACCUGCCCGGCCGCAGCGGGCGCUCGGUGCAGGAGAUCUGGGAGGAUUUCUCCCUCAGCUUCACCCCUGCCGUCCGCGAGGUGGUCGAGUUCGCCAAGCACAUUCCUGGCUUCCAGGCCCUCUCCCAGCACGACCAGGUCACCCUGCUCAAAGCCGGCACCUUCGAGGUGCUGAUGGUUCGCUUCGCCUCGCUGUUCGACGUGAAGGAGCAGACGGUGACGUUCAUGAGCCGGACGAAGUACAGCCUGGAGGAGCUGUGGGGCAUGGGCAUGGGCGACCUGCUCAGCUCCAUGUUCGAGUUCAGCGAGAAGCUCAGCGCCCUCGACCUCACCGACGAGGAGCUGGGGCUCUUCACCGCCGUCGUCCUGGUCUCGGCAGACCGCUCCGGCAUGGAGGACACGGCGUCGGUGGAGCAGUUGCAGGAGACGCUGAUCCGCGCGCUGCGCGCCCUCGUGCUGAAGACGCACCCGGCGGAGACGUCGCGGUUCACCAAGCUGCUGCUGAAGCUGCCGGACCUGCGCACCCUCAACAACCUCCACUCCGAAAAGCUGCUCUCCUUCCGCAUCGAUGCCCAGUAGGGCCCCGACGGACCCCAGGGACCCCCCCGCACACCCACCACCCUUGUACAUAGCACCGCGGCCGGGGGGGGGGGGGAUGAGACACGAGCCCCCCCCCAAGGGGCAGCACAAACCCCACGGCACCUGCUGGACUCCUGGGGGGCUGCAUUCCCCAGGUGGGCGCUGGCAUGCCAGCACCCCCCCCCCCCCCCCACUCCAGUUGGGCAUCUGCCCCACGGCUCCGCUGGCAGCGCCAGGGGGGUUCCCCCGCCCCAGCCCCCCCACUCCGGCAGCCAGCGGUGGAAAGCAGAGGCCGGAUCCAGCCGAGCUGUGUGGGUGGGUUUGGUUGGGUUUGGUUGGUUUUUUUUUUUUUCAUCAUAUAUUUAUUACAUAAAUAUAUAGUAAAAUAGACCAGCAACAA